UUUGAUAAUAUCGGCUUGAAUGUUUGGAAUAUGUUUACCAUAUCAAAACUCCAAGUUAUGAAAAGCUAUUUUAUUUUUGGACAAUUUAUUGUGCAUUAUAUAGACUUAUUAAUGUAAUUUUAAGCUUCAAUCAGUUUAGUAACGUGUAGCAGUCCAUAAAGAAGCUCUCCACUGGAUCAUGAGGAAAGCUGAGGUCCAGAUGACCCUGAAGAAGGGUGCUAAUGAAGAAGCAAGAGGAAUGGCACCUCCCAGCCCCAGGAUACCAUCGAAACGGGCAAAAGUUAGUUCUGAUCAGGUCAUACCAGACCCUGCUGCUUCUGUCUACCCUACCCCAACUCCCCCAGUGUUCAUCCGGAAGAUGAGGAACGCUGCGGUAGGUACUGGCUGUGAUAUCCGUCUGAAAGUGGCCGUGGCUGGAGACCCACAACCUACCCUCUACUGGUACCACAAUGAUGACCUGCUCAACAUGGAUAACCAGGAAUAUGGAGGCCUGUGGAUCAGGGACUGCAAACCCAGUGAUGCCGGCCUGUAUACCUGCAUCGCCACCAACAAUCUUGGAGAGGCCAGAAGCAGUGCUGUCCUAGCUGUUUUGGAUUUGGGUGAAG